AUUGCGUAAAUGCUGUGAAAAAGCCAAAUGAGGAUAAAAGACAAAAGAGAAGAGGAGGAGAAAACUGUGUAAGUUGUGGGAAAUGGAAACCAAAUUAAAGUGUCACAAAAAGCCGUGCCCGAUUGGGACCUAGUCUACAUAAUGUGUAGCACCUACUUCUCUAAUGACCAAUUUACCCCCAAUGUUUCACAUCAUAAUUAGUCAUUGAUUCCUAAUUAAAGGACAAGAUGGUAAUUGACUCCUAAUUAAAGGACAACUCGUCCCUUUGGAAAAAAUAAAAAGUAACAUAGAGCGCGGAAUUUUAAAUUAUUUAAAUUAUUAUUAUUUGAUAAAUUAGAAAGAGAAGUAUUAAAGGACGGAAUUCAUACCCACCGGUCUUCUUCCCCAUUUCAACCUCUCUCAUGAUUUGCAGCUCAAUUUUCAGAUAAACAAAACGGCGGCGCAGAAAUUCCAGAUGUCCAAGUCUUCAGCAUUUUCGUCCUCGAAGACGGCCGCCGUUAUCCGCCCUCUAGAUUACGCCGCCAGCCCCUUCCACUACGCCGUCGCCUCAGGCAACCACGUCACCCUCAACAAACUCCUCUCUGCCCUGCCCAAACUGCCCGAUCCAACCCGAAUUCUCACCGAGUCCGAAUCUCUUUCCCAGGAACACCUCGCUGAACAAAUCUCCGCCGCCCUCGACAACCGCGAUAACCCACUCAGAGAAACCCCACUACACCUAGCCGUCCGCCUCGGAGAUGCUGCCGCAGUUCGCGCACUCGUCGCCGCCGGAGCCAACAUUACACUUCAGAACGCCGCUGGAUGGAACCCGCUGCAGGAGGCCCUCCUCCGGCGAUGUCCGGAGAUCGUCUCCCCCCUCGUCCAGCACCACCACAUCGACGCCUGGCACAAGUGGCGCCGGCGACUCCCCCGCCUCGUCGCCGCCCUCCGUCGGAUGCGCGAUUUCUACAUGGAGAUUACCUUCCACUUCGAGAGCUGCAUCGUCCCGUUCGUCGGGAAAAUCGCUCCGUCCGACAUGCAAAUCUGGAAGCGCGACGGAAACCUGCGGGCGGACACCUCAUUCGCCGGGUACGACGGCCUGAAAGUCCAGCGUGCCAACCAGAGCAUUCUCUUCCUAAACGAAUUCGAUUGCGCAAACAACAACAACAUCGACAUACCCCAUGGCUCCCUCCUCAUCCUCAACCACGACGAGGAGAGAUACUACGACGUGUUUGAGAACGCCGGAAAUCCAUUGUCGAACACCGACCUUUCAAUUCUCUGCAACCAAACCAAGGUCUAUCGUCCAGGAAUGGACGUCACCAAAGCCGAAUUGGUCGGCCGCACAAAUUGGAGACGCCAGGAGAAAAAGGAGAGCGUGGGGAAUUGGAAAGCUAGGGUUUACGAAAUGCACAAUGUCACGUUCACCUUCAGAUCGCGUAAAGUUAACGCCGCCGAGAACAGGGAGGAUCCGUUCUCGCCGACGUGCGUCUUGCCGUUGGAGAUCGACGAAGAUUCCGACGAGGAUUUCAUCGUGGCGGAGAAUCCACGAUUCAGCGUCUCCAACGACAGGCAGCGCCGGCACAGCAGCUUCGUGAGAGGGGAUCGGGAGUUCGUGACGGUUUCCCGGAAGAGCGUGGAUAUAAUUCCGAUCGACUCCAGGAGAGCCGCUCCGCCGUCUGCGGCGGAGAGAUUUGUCGCGCCGCCGCUAACGAAAGAGAAGGAAUACGCCAAAAGUCUACGGCCGGUGGUCUGGCUGACGGAGCAGUUUCCGCUGAAGACGGAGGAGUUGCUGCCGUUACUUGAUAUCUUGGCGAAUAAAGUUAAGGCCGUCAAGCGCAUGCGUGAGCUUCUGACGGCGACGUUGCCCCCCGGUACAUUCCCCGUUAAGGUGAGGUCAAAAUCGGCAGAAGAACGAAAAAUGGCUGCAGAGGGGCCGAGCUGGGCAGAUCAAUGGGGCCAGGGAGGCUUUGGUGCAAUGACAGAUGAAAAAACUGAAAGCAACAAAGAAGGUGGAAAUGACAAGAAAGCCCCUGCCUCAGCUGGAUUCGGUAAGGCCAAAUCAGCUGCAAUCGCGGGUGCACAAAAGGUCAAAAACGGAACUUCGAUGGGAUUUAAGUGGGUCAAAAACAAAUGCCAAAAGAAAACCUCUUCUACAUAACAACAGAUAUGUUUAUACACACAGAAAAUAAUGUAUCAUUGUCGGUGGAGAGUUCUAUGCUGUUCUAGAAUGGCUUUAUUCUGUGACCUGUUGCUCCAAACUUUAUGUAUUUUCAAUUGAUUUUUUUUCUUCUUUUCCUAUUGUAUUUCGAUUGUACAGAGUUAUCCUAGAAUUGGCUAAGUGGUUAUAUUACC